AUGUUCAAGCACAACGUCGCAGGUAUUCGUUGUGGUCACUCGUCCGGUUUCGUCGACGCUGAGCACGCUUCGCAGCAACGAUUUACAUUCCGUGUGACGGUUUGGAGCGGAAACCUUGACGAUGCGCGUUUCGUGGUUGGAAAUCUCCUGCAACUGCGCGCGAUUGAGAAAGUGGAUCUCUGGAACGGGGUUCUGUGCGGGUCCUGCCACCGCGAAGACAUCGAAGUGAUCGACGAUACUCAUCUUAUCGGACUUGGUAUGCAGGAGAACGCUGCUGCUCCAUAG